UUGCGGCUGGCUUGGCCCGAUCAUUUCCGGCAAUCACGGAGUCAUGUCCGGGAGCCGGGCCUACCCGCUCGGUGCUGGAAGAGCCUGAGGUUGGAGCGGGCUCCGGGCGGCGAGUCUGCCGACAGCCCAGUCGGAGGUGUAUCCUGUAUCAGCCAGUACUCGCUGACAGAAAGGGCAAUCAAAUGCUCCUGAGCUAGCCUCUGUGAAGAUUCUGUGCAGUGUUGGGGAAGAAGGGCGAGUCACUGCGGAUCCUGUCGUUGGGGUUAGGCAGGCGCCUCCCCUCCACCUUCAACUGAAUCGGUAGUUUCUCUUGGUUACCAAUAUGAAUGAAGUGUCAGUUGUGAAGGAGGGUUGGCUUCAUAAACGAGGUGAAUAUAUUAAAACAUGGAGGCCCAGAUACUUCCUGCUAAAAUCAGAUGGUUCUUUUAUUGGCUACAAGGAGAAGCCCGAGAGCCCAGAUCACGGAUUACCACCCCUAAACAACUUCUCUGUAGCAGAAUGCCAGCUAAUGAAAACGGAGAGGCCACGGCCCAACACGUUUAUCAUUCGGUGCUUGCAAUGGACGACGGUGAUCGAGAGGACUUUUCAUGUUGACACACCGGAUGAACGUGAGGAGUGGAUAAGAGCCAUUCAGACUGUUGCCAACAGCUUAAAGCACCAGGAACCAGGAGACGAUGCCAUGGACGUUAAAUGCGGCUCGCCCAGUGACAGCUCGGGAAUGGAGGAUAUGGAGGUCUCGAUGCUGAAGUCCAGGAAUAAAGUGACCAUGAAUGACUUUGACUAUUUAAAGCUGCUGGGGAAGGGCACCUUCGGCAAAGUGAUUCUGGUUAAAGAAAAGGCCACAGGGCGUUAUUAUGCCAUGAAGAUUCUACGGAAAGAAGUAAUUAUUGCUAAAGAUGAAGUCGCCCACACUGUUACAGAAAGCAGAGUCUUACAGAACACAAGACAUCCCUUUUUAACAACGCUGAAAUAUGCAUUUCAGACUAGCGACCGGUUAUGUUUCGUCAUGGAGUACGCGAACGGCGGAGAGCUCUUCUUCCACCUCUCGCGAGAGCGCGUGUUCACUGAAGAUCGUGCUCGGUUUUACGGGGCUGAGAUUGUCUCCGCGCUGGAUUAUCUCCACGACAAGAAUGUUGUCUACAGAGAUCUGAAGCUGGAAAACCUCAUGUUGGAUAAAGAUGGACACAUCAAGAUUACAGACUUUGGCCUCUGUAAGGAGGGGAUCACGGAUGGUGCGACCAUGAAGACCUUCUGUGGGACUCCGGAGUACCUGGCCCCCGAGGUACUGGAGGACAACGACUAUGGCCGCGCUGUGGACUGGUGGGGCCUCGGGGUGGUGAUGUACGAGAUGAUGUGCGGCCGGCUGCCUUUCUAUAACCAGGACCACGAGAAACUCUUUGAGCUGAUCCUGAUGGAAGAAAUCCGGUUCCCUCGCACCUUGUCCCCAGAAGCUAAAUUGCUCCUCUCAGGGCUCCUAAAGAAAGAUCCCAAACAGAGGUUGGGCGGGGGUCCAGAGGACGCGAAGGAAGUGAUGCACCACAAGUUUUUCGUUUCUGUUAAUUGGCAGGAUGUCGUGGAGAAGCGGCUUGUGCCACCUUUCAAACCCCAGGUUUCCUCGGAGACAGAUACGCGAUACUUCGAUGAUGAGUUCACAGCAGAGACGAUAACAGUCACCCCUCCAGAUAAGUUCAACCUGGACCUGAUGGAGAGCGAUCAGAAAGCGCACUUCCCCCAGUUCUCCUACUCGGCGAGCGUACGCGAAUAAAGCCUGCGACAGUACCAAGCGAAAAGCCCAGGACUUCCUCCUCCUGAUCCUGGAGAAGGCAAACGCAUCAUGAUCCCAAAACUCCAGCUUUCCCAACGUCCGCCUGCAGCUGCCACCUCGGGGAUCGCAGGAGCACCGGCGCCGCUGUACGGGGACUUCCCAGCAGUACAACUUUUAUUCUAGAAAUGGUUUUUAUAUAUGUGUGUGUGUGUGUGAGUGUGUGUGUGUGUAUAUAUAUAUAUAUAUAU